AUGAAUUGGAAAUUUAUUUUAAUUUAUUUAAUUUUUUAUUUAAAUAUUUCCAAUUCUGCACAUAUCCCAACAAUUCUUGACAAUCUAUCUCCUUCAAAUGCUAGAGAAUUUAUUCAAAAAAUGGAAACUGAAUUUAAAAAUCUUUUAAACGUCCCAAUUGUUUUUCGAUUUCGAAUUGUUUUACUUGCAUGUGUUUGGGCUAAAGUUCCUGUUAAUACUAUAAGAUUUCAUCUUUUACGUCAGAUAAAGAGUGCUGAUGAGCGAACGGCAUUAAUUGAAAAACAUGGAAAUAAUCUUGCAGAAAGAAUUCUUAACCUCAUAAACAGUUUAGCGAAUUAUGAAGUACUGUACACUAAAAGCCAUCAAGAAAAUAAAUUAACGGAGUUUGGAUUUAUGGAAACUAUUGAGGAUUUAUUGAAACAGUUGGUCCCAAUGUCCAAGGAAAACGAUUUGCCUUGGGAACAGGCUAAAAAUAAAGUUUUCGAAUUAAUGAGAAUAAUUAAAGAUUUGGAAUAUGGUGAAACAAAAUUUAGUACCAAAGUCACAAAAAAAAUUGCAUCAAUUUUAGUAAAAAUAAUAUUGCAACUGGAAGUUACUGGUAAUAAAUUGAUAAGGAACCAAUAUUUAUCUUUGAGAACGAAAGGAGAUCAAGAUUAACGGGACACCACAUUUUAUGCUAUACCUUAUAUGAUAUAAUAAUUACCCUGGGUAAUUAUUUUUUCAACCUCUCGUUGGAGAGAGUAAUUAUAGAGAGUGUUAAUUAAUAGAUCAUAUACUGUAACUAACCACAAAUUCCAAAGAAAACGAGAAUUGAAUAAAGUCUAAAAAUAUUUUAAUGGGCCUCGGAACCCUAAGAAGAAUCAAAGAAUCAAAUAUCAUUUUAUAACAGGUAAAAUAACUACAAGAACUCUUAAUUUACAGAAACUGACCGGAAUUUUUCAAAUAAUCUGCGGAAUGAAAUGAGUUUCGAAGAAUUUUCUUAUAUAAAGAUAAUUAAUGAAAAUCUGGAAGAAUUUAUGGGAAGUCCAGUUUUUUCAGAGUUUAUUUCUUUGGAAAAAAUAAUAAAAAUUGAUCUAGCGAAUAUAGAAGCUAAAAUGGAGGUUAUUUACUGUU